AGGAGCCAGGUCUGCGCUCCCCCUGUUUUUGCCUCCCGCCUCUGACAACAACCAACUCAAGGCGGAGCUCUCAUGGGUAGUCUAUGGUAAUUGUAUGGCAGCUUGACCAUGGCCAUCAAGCUGAGUAGAACCACAUGUGCUAAAAGUUCCUUGGGCUUAUCAUUGGAAAAGCGAUGGAGCAUUGAUCGCUUUAGUGCAAUGUCCCGACUGUGGGACUUGACAGAAAAGGAUGAGGCAAAUGUGAGGCACAUUGAGCAGACCAUUCGGGAUGUGGAUCAUUGGAAGAAUGAUCCAUUUGAAGUCGUUCGAUACUACAAGGAAUACUACACGUCAAAAAACCAUGAAACUUCUCUGAAAAAGGUGGAGACCGUGUGGCGUCACAUGGUCCAGUGGCGUCUCGACUAUGAUGCAGAUACGCUUCUGCAACGGAAUCCCAAACCCGAUCCUCUUUGGACACAACUCCCUUGCAAAAUGUUGGAAACCUGUGAUCGAGAUGGCGAUCCUGUAUUUGUCGAUCGUGUUGGCAUCGGGGAUAGUUUUGGUAUCCUGAAACAUUUUGGAGUUGAUGCGUUUGCCGACCACAUCAUUUGGAUCAGAGAGUUCCAUUGCCAUCCUUCCUUUUGGGGGUACAACAAUCAAGUACGCAACUUUACCGUCAUUAUCGACCUUCUGGGACUCAGCAGUGGCCAUCUGAGGCCUGGUUUGUUGCCACUCUUGCAAAAGACGGCAAGAGUACAACAAGAUUGCUAUGCUGGAUGGGAAAAGCGAAUAAUCAUCAUCCGAGCUCCAGCCAUUUUCAAAAUCAUAUGGGCUAUUGCCAAACACUUUUUUGACAAACAUGUCCAAGAUGCCCUCAUCUUUGGGACUAAGCAUGACUACUUGGAUGUGCUGGAAGAAUAUGUGGAGCUCGAAGAUCUUCCACCGGAGAUUGCUCCACAAGGCAAGGCAAAGGGGUAUCCUGGAUACUUUCAACAGGUAUCAUUGCAAGGGGGGUCCUUCCAGCCGGACUUGAUAGGUUCGACGACUAGUAAAAACAGUCAGUGGGAACCCACUACUUCAAUUACCAACGCUUGUGCUGCCAACGUCAAGACUAAAGUCUUGAUGAAGGGACAAUAUUCGUGGGACCCUGUCCUCGACAAUCGAAUGUCUGUGAACGUGGUCUAUCAAUUUUAACGAUCUUGAGCACCUCGGAAGGUCUUCUUUCCAUUUCAACUCAGUCACUCUUUGCUAGAAGAUCGUAUGAUUUGAUUUGACUCAAUGAUUAGUAGUAUUAUUUGCUACUAAGAUCGUAUGGCCUGGCUGGUUU